UCGAAGCUUAUGCGUCGCUUGCAUUUAUUUUAAAUUCUAAGUAACCAUUUUUUUGGGAAAAUGCUUAAAUAUUUGGCUGGAAUCUUCGUCAGUCCGCGCAAUGAUUACGAGAAUGGUCGCUUCAAGAUUCCGCAUCCGAAGAAGCUGGCCGCCAGGAGGAAGUCGCCCCCGGUGAAGAUAUCCACGAGGAGCGUCAUCAAUGGCGGCAGGUCGGCAAACGGGAGGCUCAAGACGGAAAAUAGAGCCGUAUGGCGACGUCGAGAGGGCAAUCCCCACCUGCCGCGUCCACACAGCCGAUCCUCCCAGAAAGCCAUAGGGAUCCGCCUGGAUCCCAUCAGCUACAUCGUAAAUGUGCCCAAUUCCACUUCAUCGCUCGACGACGACGAGGAGGAGGAGCCUGUGUCGCAAGUGCCCAACGCAGAAAACAAUCUGAAGGUUCGGAGGUAUCGGAAAAAGGAUUUCGAAUGUCUGAUUCCACCGCCAGUUAGUCGCGUCCCGAGUUGGACGGGUCCUUUGAAUGCCAGUCCCUUCAACCAACUGGAUGAGCAGGAUUCCAUCGCUGGUGAUGCGGACGCCAUGGGCUGGAAUGCGAUUUGUUUGCCAGAUGAUUUUUGGUCGGAGGAUUCGGACUCAGAAAUCAAUAGAAAGUUGAGUAAAAUCAAUGUCUUUUAAUAUACUCAAAAUUUAGUUUUAA